AUGCUCGCCUAUCGAGUGCACAGGAUCCAGACAGGGGUGUACAUCUACCCCUGGGUCAACGGCGAGGAGGCGACGCUGUCCGUUCCAGGGGAUCGUCAGGUGACUCUGCACUGCGCCGGAGACUCGGUCUCUGACCCCUUCCCGUUCGAUGAAGCCGUCUUUGCACCUUUCCACAAUACAAUGUACUCCUGCUGCGUUGCCGAUGGCCUGAGACUGCAGUUCGGCUCUGCGGUGCAGCGGCGUGCACCGAGCUUCCGAGAUGUGCCGCGCCGCACCACCAUAGUUCAUGGAGAUCCUGUGUCAUACGUGGGCGAGACGUUCUAUAACGUGCUGCUCCUCGCUGCCAAGGAGGUGGAGCGCAUCGCUGGCGCCCGUCACUCGCAGAGUGCGUAUGAGUGCGCGUUCAACGUGUUUCGCGUGUGCCCGUGGGGAGAGGAGGAGCUGCUGGAGGCGGCGGGGCGGGCACAUUGUCGCGGCUCAGCGUCGUCCUCGGGGACGGCUGUCGAGCAGGGGAUAUCGCUGUGGAACAAGCGCACAUCUAUGCCGCUUCGCACAUCGGCGCAGCGCCAGCUCUUCAAGAGCACGCUGAAGCAGCUGUGCCGCGGCCCCCGCAGCGAGGGGCGGGACGACGCGGCUGCGUGUGUGCAGCAGGUACGGCUAGCUGUGUACGCGCCGGCGGGCGACUCGACGGCGGACGAUCGUGUUUUGUGCGCUGAGCACCUUUUUUCGCUGGCGCCGUCGGUUUGCGACGUGGGCGCCAGUUUUGGUACGACCAUGGAGGCACUAUGCGAGAUGCUAGUGUGCCGGCGCCAGGGCAACGUACUAGGCAACCCACUGCUGCCUGUACUGCUGCCUGGCGUGUCUGUCGACUGCCUGACGAUCCUCACGUGCAUCUCUGCACGGGGCGAGCACUCGAGCCGCCCGUGCAUUGACGCGUGUUGCUUCGGGUGCAGCAGCGAGCGACAGCGGCGCCCCACCGCGGCUUCGUCGCUGGCUGUGCCCCCUGCUGCUGCCUCGAAGAACGGGACUGCCAAGGGUACGCCCGCUCAGGACUUGGCGCCGCUGCUGCGUCAGCCAGUUUCCUGCUCCGCCCUCUUCCAGCGCAUGACGGGUGAGCUGCUGAUGCCCGUGGCGCCUAGCAUCAGAAACGCAUCGUGGCAGACAUCACAACCGCAGAAGCUGAGCGCGGCUACGCCGCCCACACCGUUCUCCGACCCCCCACGUGCGUCGAACAGUGAUCCUUUCGCACAGCUGGACGAGUCCGUAGAUCGACUCCUCUGGCUGCGGCGUCUGAGGGAGUCCCCGGCGGGUAAGCCGAGCCUCCUGAGGGACGGUACAACUUCCACGUCGCCGCCAGCAGAGACGAGGCACACGGUGUCAGCGCUGCCUGCGACAUUGGGCACGUCAGCACUCAGCAUGGCAGUAGAGCCGCUAGCCGCUACACCACCAGGGAGAGCACGAAACGAGAGCUGUGAAAGCAGUCGGGGCGGAGAGAUCGGCAAGCUCGACCUUCUCAAGGAAGCAAGCGCCCUUAUCGAUGACGCCAACAUGGUCGCGAGUGGACGGGCUGCUAGAGCGUGUCGACGAGAGGAGUCGGCGUCUGCCAGGGCCCUUGAGAUGGAGGCGAGGGUGCGAAAACGGUGCCCGGACUGCGACGCCAAAGAUGCUGUGCUCUCCCUGCACCGCGAGGAGCUGCAGACGCCAUGCGCGGAGCUGGUGCACAGGGAGGGGAAACGGCAUCUACGGGUGGACAAAGGACAGUACCACACCGCUGAGCUGCGGCGCACGGCGCGGCUCUUCCAGAGCCUGGAACAUCCUGUGGAAAGCUUGCGCCAGCGGGAGCAGGAACUAUCAACGUAUCUCAAGAUGCUCGACUCGUACGCUGCCUAUGUGAAUGCGACGUGCCGGCUGUACACGGACCAGGUGAAUGCGAAGAUGCUGCGGAUGGACGGCGUGAAGCGCUACUUGACGCGGCGUAUCAGCAUCGCUGCGUGGGUGGAGCGGGCGGGAAUCCUGCACCAGCGGUGUGAGCUCUACGACCGCCGAGUCGAUGCACUACAGCGUCAGGAGGCUGUUCUCAGCCGUCAGAUGCACUCGAUGGAGCUGGAAGCUACUGCUCUGCGAACAGAGGUUCAGCGGUUGGAGGAACUGCGCGACACGACAGAGCGCGAUAUAGCCGAGGACAAGCGAGCUGCAGCUGCGCGCCAAGGGAAAGCCCUCGAGGAGUGCGAGGAGAGUCUUGCGAGUGUGCGGCGAGUGCAAGGUGAACGCGAUGCUGUCGCGCGCGAGGUGGCAAAUCUGGCGGCGCGGCGCGCGGAGGCUGCGGAAGAAGUUGCCCGCAGGGAGGCGGAGCUUGCGGGGCUGCAAGCUACGCUGGACGCAGCCCGUGAGGCUGGUGCUGCGGAGGCCACUGCGUCCUCCAGCGUGCAUGGUACUGAGAAUGCUGCCAGCAAGCAACUCUCUGGUAACGACGGUGCACUGAGUGACAGCAGCCUGGCCUCUGCGAAAGGGGUUAUUGAGGAAGAGCAGCGCAAGGUGAUUGAAGAACUUGCCGUGGCAACGGAGGAGCUGGCGGAGGUGGAGGAUGUCAUGAUUGAGGAGGCGGACAGAGCUGUGCUAGUGCUGCACCGCUGUGAUGGUGAGAUGACGCUGCGGUUUGAUCAUCUGAUGGAUCGGUUCUCCAGUUUCAUAGAUGUGGAGAGCCGACUAGCAGGGCGCUCGGCGUCCAUGUUCUCAGAAAGCUCGUCGCAGCGCCACACCAGAAUGUCACACAGUGAGAGGAAAUGA